AUAUUAUUGUUCAUUUGGGUUUUAUUCUAUGGCUAUCUAAUGCAAAAAUAGUUCUCCAAUUGCAUAACUCUUAACACAAUUUAUGGUUCUGUAGAGGUUUGAUAUAAAGCAUUUCCAAGAAAGCUAACUUUCAUAUCUAAAUGAAUUUUCUAUUUAUUGCAGAUUGGGAUAUACAAUUGAGAAAAUUCCUGUAUCAAAAUUCUAUUUCUUGCAAGAGAUGUCAAAUGAAGUUGCUCUUUCAAUGGCCUCUUCGUGGAAUUCAGCAGUAAAUGGUUUAAUAUCCCUUAGCAAAGGGAAUGACUGGACUAUUCCUCAAGGUGGUUCUGUCUCUAUCGAUUCUCAGCUUCCUUGGUGCCAUUUCACUCCAAAAUUUGUUUGUUAUAGGACUUCCCGCUGUCUUUGUUGCUUUCUUUGUGCAUGAGAAAAAAGAGGAAGAAAUAGAUGGUUUGAUUUAUCGAAUUAUUUCGUACGGAUGCAAAUUGAAAUCCGAUACAGCCAGAAAAUUCUUUAACUCGAAGAAGAUUCAGUGAUAGUGGAUAGAUAUUUGACAUCUUUUUGCCGAAUUGACAUUGGAAUUCCAUUUUUCAUUGCUUGGGCCCUUCUAACUGGUUUUCGGAUGAUUUGAAAUGAGAGCAUUGGCAACUCGGUAUUUGCUGGUGUCCAAGCUGGUGCAAUGUAGUGACAAAGAUCCUUGGAACAUUUUUGUGCUGAUCCAAUGCUCAUAGAAGUUGCCAGUGUUUUGGCAUGUACUUUCUGUUUUCUGUUUGUCUCCUGUUUUUUUGUUUUUUAACCCUAGUUUGGUGUUUGUUGUAUCAGAUAUACUAAAAAAUGUCUUGUAAGUUAAAUUGGUUUGAUUUGUGCUUUGUGGGAAGCUCUUUGAUUUGUGACUCCUCAUUGGGCCAACACAAUUUUAAACCAAAUUUUGAGUUUUGAUUGAUAGCUGAUCUUUUUGAAUA